GGAAGGGCCUGGGGGGUCUGAGCUCUGACUGCUUUGCCAUUUCCCCAUUGGCUCCUGGCAGCGUGUGCUGUGCUAGCAAGCGCAAGAGGGCUGAGCGACAGGGGGAGACUCUCAUCCAUAAAAGGGGGGGAAAGGCUCCAGAACUGCCAUUCUAAGGGGACUUGGUAGCCCUCACAGCUUCCUCUGUGGCACUUCUCUGAGCUAGAGUCAGGGUGCCUCCUGACUCUUGGAUCGGCCACCCGACCACCCGACCAGCCAGAAUACCAGGGACAAAGCAAUAUACAGGUCAUUCUUCCCCAGGCUUUGAGAUCUGUGCGGGGGAAGUCCUUGAAGCAGCCACAACGGCAAAAGAGUGAGGCAGAAUGGCGUGGUCUGUGCUGAUGCUGGCGGCUUGCCUCCUCGCGGUGGUGCCCUCCGACGAUGCAGCGGACUGCCUGUCCCUGUGCUCCCUGUGUGCAGUGAGGCCUCAGGACGGGCCCCAUCCUAUCAACCCCCUGAUUUGCUCCCUGGAAUGCCAGGACCUGGUGCCACCAACAGAGGAGUGGGAGAGAUGCCAGCGCUAUUUGUCUUUUUUCGCCGCCUCUGCCGUUGGGCUCCCGGGCAAGGAUGACGCGGAUAACGAGGUUGCUUUGGAAGAAGGGUACAGUGCACUGGCCAAGCUCUUGGAGCCCCUCCUGAAGGAGCUGGAGAAAAGGCAAUUCCUCACCAGCGUCUCAGAGGAAAACCUCAGGGCUCUCUCGGGCAGGUUUGGGGAUGGAAAGGAGUCUGAGCUGCUGGUGGGUGCCGAGCAGAUGAAUGACGGAGCCACGCAGACUGACGCACUGCAUUUCAACGAGGAGGGCUUGAGGAAACAGGACAAACGCUAUGGUGGCUUUUUGCGCAAAUACCCCAAGAGGAGCUCAGAGAUGGCCGGGGACGAGGAUGGGGGUCAGGAUGGGGAGCCGGUAGGGCAUGAGGACCUAUACAAACGCUACGGGGGCUUCCUGCGGCGCAUUCGGCCCAAGCUGAAGUGGGACAACCAGAAGCGCUAUGGCGGCUUCCUUCGGCGUCAGUUCAAGGUGGUGACUCGGUCCCAGGAAAACCCCGAUACCUAUUCUGAAGAUCUAGAUGUUUGAUGCGUAAUACUUCCCCACCAGGGAGUUGGGUCAAGAGCCCCCCCCCUUCCUGUACUAGAGGCCACCUCUUCACCCCUUCCUGCUUGUCCCACCCCCUGCUCCAUUCAGCAUUCACGUGGAAACAUCUAAGCCCAGCCCACCCCUGUUCUGCCUGUGAGUGAGUGCAGUAUUUGCAGUCAGUGACAGAGAAGAGCGACAGUCCCUGGCCAAUAGGUCCCAUGUCCGGUUCAAACCUGUAGGGCUCUACCCCCAUCAGUGGUGGUUUUUGACACCAACCCAACCACGCUGUCCCUAUGACAUCCCCCACCUCAGAAUCCAGGGAAGACUUGUUCUUCAUACCUGUCAAUCUGUGAUCCCCAAACUUCACUGAUCACCAGCUCCUCUCAGAAGAAAAAUGAGCUGUCCCUGACAGCGUGCAUGCAUGAGACAGAGUAGAAACUUAAAACAAGAUAUCUAGAAAUCCUAACCGCAUUUUCACCAUCAGGGGCUCUUUUAAGGUACCCUGCUCUGGAGGCCACGGUUAAAUGAAAGACCUUUUUCGUGGCAGGGAUUAUGACCCCAGUGAGGCCAGGCCUCUAGUGGCUAAAUGCCCAGUCUGAGCAUCCAGAGUUCUCGUGGCUUCAAACAUGUCUGGAAAUGCCCACUCCUAGGCUCUGGAUUGGGGUAGUGCCUUUCCCCCACUGCUCAUGCCGAAAAACCAUGAGCUUCUAAAGGCUGAGACGGUAAGAGGGGAGCAAAGCAAACCAAUUUGUUCUGUGCAUCAAAUUCAGAAUCCGGGCCAGUUCCCACAGCCCUCAUUAAAAAGGAUCAGAAUCACACUUCUGCCCCAUGAGGAACUGAAGCCGAGUGGAGACAGGAGGCUGAGCGCAGCUGUGUUCUUCGGGAGCUGAGUUGGCUGCGGGAGUCCGAGCCAUUUGGCUGAGUCAUUUGGCCCAGCAUACGCACGGGCACGGGCGCUGGGAAAGGGGAUCCAGACGCUGCAGCUAAAGGAGCGUCUCACCUCAACACUACAGUGAGCCGUACUCCCUAUGUCUCCAAGUAAACAACUGAGUGUUCGAGAUCAGCUGGAACCCCUUGAUUCCUAUAACCCAGAGUCAGACGCAGGGCCCUCCUCGGUUUCAAAUCGUCCCAGCAUCAGGCAAAUGUUGAUGUCGGUAGGUUAGGGAGAUGGGGCUGGAUGGGAGAGGAAACAGACUGGAUUUGCAUUUUUGCAUUAGCUGUCGUGAGUGGUCCCUCUCCACGCAUAGGAGCUCUUUGUGUGUUCUGAAAUCUGUAUAUUGUGUUGGGAUGACUUUAUGUGCUGCUCAAACAUCACAUUUAUCCAACUUACUUGGAAUACGUGAGUCCUUAAUAGGCCUGUGUAAUUCCCUACUUCUCUGGUAUAAUAAAUAAGAUUG